AUGUGGGUGAAACCUUCAGAAAUAUUAGUUACAGCAUUCUGGUCUACAGACCAAGCUAAUCCCUAUUUUGCCUUACAACGUCGUCGUGGACAAGAUAAAGAGCGUAGUGGAUUCACAUCAUUAUUAGUAGCUACACUUGAUUCUGUAUUUGAAACAAAAACUAAUAGAUAUCGAAUAAUACAUCAACGUCCAGAUUCAGAAGUUUAUUAUCUUGUUGCUGAAGCGGAUACAAAACUAGAGAUUGAACAACAUUGGAAAUGGAUAGAAGAAAAUUUGAUGCCAACUUUAGGUACUAUGGAUAAAGGCGUAGAUAUAAGAGAUUAUGUUAUUUGUAAAAUAAAAAGUCUUUGUCCACAACCAGACGAAGAGGAAAUUGAAGAUUUUGAAUCCGAAAAAUUUAAGAAUGCAUUUAAAAAAUUUCAUACAUUAUUUUCAGUGCCAUUAGAUGAAAAACUUGUUACAUACUAUUCAUGUUCAUACUGGAAAGGUCGUGUACCACGUCAAGGAUCGAUGUAUUUAAGCGUAAAUUAUUUAUGCUUUUAUUCAUACUUUUUGGGCAAAGAUUUCACUAUUAUUCUGAAAUUUACUGAUAUAACUUCAUUAGAACGUCUUCAACUUUAUCUGUCAGAAGCUAUUCGUGUUUCAACAAGGAUAAAUGUUUAUGAGUUUACUAUGUUCAGACACACUGAUGAAACAUUCCAAAUGUUACAACAACUUGCAAAUUUUGCUGCUAAAAAAUUAUUGUCUAAUCAAGGUGCUUUCAAAGAAGAAGAUUUCUUUCCAACAGUGACAAAAAAAACUGCACCUAAAGUAAUUUCACAAUUAAAACGUGAUCUCGAUGCAAAAUCAAGAAGUGAAAUAUAUAGAUAA